AUGAAGAUCAUCAUCCGUGACGGUGCUCGAGUCGGCGCCGCAGCUGGCCGAGAUCGGGGCGGGCGUUCAACUGACGCCGGACGCCAUCAAGUGCACCGGGACGACGUCGACACCACGACCUGGACGCCCGCGCAAUACCACGGCGUGAUCCAAUCCCUCUUCCGCGGGUGGGACGGCAAGCUUACGGCUCUUCUCGACAUGGUGCGGCCCGAGACCAUCAACAACUGGCCCGUGUACCAGGUCGAGCCGCUACCCCGAUGGGUGUCCAAGUCCGGCAAGUUUGUGCUCAUGGGGGACGCGGCGCACGCCAUGGCGUUCUACCUCUCCAUGGGCAUCUCGAUGGCCGUGGAAGACGCGGUCGCCUUGAGCGAGUGUCUCUCGCUACUGGGGUCGGCGACCUCCUCCUCCUCCUCCAACGAUCCCAACGACAACGGCACAAAUGACCCGGGACCGAAACCAAGACCCUCUCUCUCCACCGCUCUUGGUCUCUUCGAAUCGGUCCGCAAACCGCGCGCCGAAGCCGUCCAGUCCGCCAGUCUCCACGCUGGGGAAAUCUUACACCUCCCUCCCAGCGCGGCGCAGGAGAAGAGGGACGCCUUGCUGCAGGCCGAUGGAAGAACGGAUAGGAAAGAAGAUAGGCAGUACGUGUACGGGAUCGCGGACCGGGAGACGAGGGAUUGGUGUUAUGGCUACGACGCCGCCUUAGAGACACGAAGAGAGUCUCCUGGGGUUUUCGACAGCAUCGAGAUCGGAGGCAGGGUACCAACGGUAUACCUACCGGCCGGCUUGGGGAAAUACAAUGCAGUUGACAACAAAAGGUAG